UCCACCCAGACACGUGCACUGCAGAGGCACUUCACAGCGGGCUCAACUGCAUGAUACUAGACACUUCUUGCGUGACUACCUCACUCAAUGACAGUGUGUUGAGAGCGUUCUUUGUUUCUUUGUGUUGAGUGCGUUUCUUUGCUCUCUGUGGUCUGUUGUUAAGUUAUUGGAUGGAAGUGUGGUCCUCAGGUCGGCCGUGCAGUGGAAGUGUGGUGGCCAUCGUCACACCUGAGGCUUGUGGUGUUUCAGCUUGUGUAGGCCUAUACGCUGGCCUAUCCAGAUGUUGAUCCUCUCCUCUCAUAGGUAGAGGAGUCUGAUACCUACUGAGAAAGAAAGAGAGAGAGAGAGAGAGAAAGAAAGAAAGAGAGAAAGAGAAUGGAGAAUGGGACUCAUUCUGCAACGGUGGACGAGCUGGUGGAGGCCUCCAUCAAAGUGUUUGAUGGCGAGGGGCCUUCAGGAGAUGUUUCUCAGACUAGGAUGUUCCUAAUGAUGCAUCCCUGGUACCUCUCCUCCACGGAGCUGGCCAAAACACUCCUGCUCAAGUUGCAGGAAGACAACUGCUCCCCCUCUCGCCAGCUGCAGAUCUGCCAUCUUAUCAAAUACUGGAUAUCAGAGUUUCCAGCAGAGUUUGAUUUGAACCCCGAGCUGGCCAAUCAGAUCAGAGAAUUCCGAGAGCUGCUUUCGACCAAUGGCCACAGCCGCCUCUGCGAGUUGAUUGACAUUGAGAACGUACCCUCGUAUGCGUGGAGACACCAGUUGGCUGACCAGUCCAUCACCAAGAAGAGCAAGAAGUCGCUGCUCUUCGAUCACCUGGAGCCCGGCGAGCUGGCCGAGCACUUCACCUGUCUGGAGUACCGCUCCUUCUGCAAUAUACUGUUCCAGGACUACCACAGCUUCGUGAUGCAUGGCUGCACAGUGGAUAACCCCAUCUUAGAGCGAUUCAUCACCCUCUUCAACAGCGUGUCUCAGUGGAUUCAGCUGAUGGUGUUAAGCAAGCCAACGGCCCCUCAGAGAGCGGCGGUUAUUUCUCAUUUCAUCAAAGUGGCCAAGGAGCUGCUGCAUCUGCAGAACUUCAACACGUUAAUGGCGGUGGUGGGCGGCCUCAGCAACAGCUCCAUCUCCCGCCUCAAAGACACACAGGCCCUCAUCAGCAAUGAGGACCGCAAGCUCUUCAACAGCCUGGUGGAGGUGGUGACGUCCAGCGGGAACUACGGCAAUUACCGCCAGCGCUUCUCCGAGUGUGCGGGGGGCUUCCGUUUCCCCAUCCUGGGCGUCCACCUGAAGGACCUGAUCGCCGUGCACGUGGCGCUGCCCGACUGGGCCGACAGCGGCUCCAAGAGCCGGGUCAACCUGGUCAAGACCCAGCAGCUCCACGCCAUCCUCCAGGAGCUGGCCACCGUCCAGACCACGCCGCCCAGCAUCACCGAGCGCAGUGACCUCCUCAACCUGCUCAAGGUGUCCCUAACCCAGUACCACAGUGAAGAGGAUAUCUAUCAGCUGUCGCUGCAGAGAGAGCCUCGUAAAGCCGAGCGAACAAUGUCCGUCACCAAACCACCAGCCCCAGUCAUCGAGGAAUGGUCCUCCUCAGUGAAAUCCAAAGCAGACCCUGCCACAACAAGCACACACAUUCAGAAGAUGGUUGAGUCAGUGUUCAAGAACUUCGACACAGAUGGAGAUGGGCACAUUUCUCACGAGGAGUUCCAGAGCAUCAAGAACAACUUCCCUUUCCUCUCCAAAUUUGACGACGUCGACAGAAACCAAGACGGUAGGAUUAGCCCCGAGGAGAUGAUCGAGUACUUUAACAAAGCCAUUUCCCAGCUGAGUGGCAAGAUGGGCUUUGUCCAUACGUUUGUGGAGGUGCACAGCAUGAAGCCUACUCGCUGUGAUCAUUGCGCCGGUGUGAUAUGGGGACCCUACAAACAGAGAUACAAAUGCAAAGUUUGUGGAGUGAACUGCCACAAGGCUUGUUGCGACAGUCUAUCUGUUGAAUGUCGUAAGAGGACACCGUCUACCAGUAGUGAGGACUUUGCUUGUCCACGAGCUCGAUCCUUUAGCUUUCCACAACCUGUCGUCCACCAACAACCUACUCGUUCCUCAGUAAUUCUAGAGCAAUCCCAGGGGGAAGAAGUCUUUGACACCCACCUCUGAUCAACCUUUGCUAGAGGGGACAACAUCACCAAAGGCCACUACUGGGUGUCAUUAUCAAUUCUUACUGUAAAAACUGUUUCAAUGCUCAAUGUAGUCGAACUGUCAGAACUGCCAGAGCUAUUUUUCCUGUUACUUUGUUUGUUUGUUUGCUUGUGCGUUGGUUUGUUUUUCUUACCCUUCAUGUUGGGAAUGCGUCUUUGAUGUUUUCUACUAGAGGUCAGCUGGUUGCUGGCUAGCUGCGUGAGUCAUACAAAGAAGGCCUGGAGAAGAUUUCUGCUUUUCUUCGCAAACGUGAAUGUGAAGGACAAACAGCUCACAGGGGGGCUGUUUUAUAUCAUGGCUGUUUCGGCUCUGUGUGCUUCUCUUUUUAUCGCAGUGCUAGUAGCUCGGAGAGAUGCGCUUUACCUUUUACAUUUGCAUUUGUGAAUGAUUUUUUGUGUGGAUCUGGAUAUGCCAUGUGGAGCUGGAUAUGCCAUUUAAUGUGUGUGUGUGUGUGUGUGUGUGUGUGUGUGUGU